AUGUCUACGGCCACGCCUACAGCUCAAGAGAGGGACCCGAAAGAAGGCUACAAAGACGAAUCUUCCGACGCCGAUUCCGACUUCGAGAACGACUUGGCCGAUCAACAAGCUCGCAACUCCACCGAAGUAGCUGAACACGAUCGCGGCCUCCUGGAUGAAGAAGAAGAGAGGGAGAAGCUGCUGAUAGCUGGAGGUGCACAAAAAACCUCAUCGAAAGGCUUCUUCGGCAGGAGACAGAAAGAUAAGAAGCUAGCAGAAAUUGAGCUCAACGAGAACGAGCGGAAACCUCGAAGAUCACACAAGACUAGAAGAGACAAGAAGGGCAGCGGUAAAGAUGAAGAGGGCGAGCUCCUGUAUGAGAUGGAGGAAGGAGGCGAGACCUAUGACACAAGUUCGCAGGCUUCGUCCAGCUCCGCAGAACUGGAGAAGCUAAACUUGGCACACUCUUCGAUGUCGAAGCGUCGAAAGUGGGCUCUCUGGCACAUCAUUGCUAUAUCGAUAGCAGCACUCUUCGUAGCCCUCUCAUUUGGAGCCUACCAAGUCACCCGAAGCGCUCGUCCAGCACAUCUAUCUCUCCUCUCCAAUGGCUCGUCUACCUUCGCACCUACAACUAUCCUCAUCUCCCUCGAUGGCUUCCGAGCUGACUUCCUCACCCGAGGCAUCACGCCGACCUUGAACCAAUUCAUAGCAGAGGGUGUGUCCCCAAAUUACAUGAAGCCUAGCUUCCCAAGUGUCACUUUUCCGAACCACUACACCCUUGUGACCGGUCUCUAUCCCGAAUCCCACGGUGUGGUAGGCAAUACCUUCUGGGACCCCGAUUUGAAAGCGGAGUUUCACUACACAGAUCCAGCAAGAAGCAUGCAACCUAAGUGGUGGGCCGGAGGUGAACCACUAUGGGUGACAGCGGAAAAGCAAAAUGUCAAAGCGGCAAUACACAUGUGGCCUGGAUCUGAGGCUGGAGUGGAGUAUGGCGCUACAUACGUGGACAAGUUUAAUGGGAGCGAGGUGCUGUCUCGGAAGACUGAGCGUGUUCUCAGCCUACUGGAUCUCCCCAGUAUUGAAAAUGAGCUCGUGUCAGAGCUACGACCGCAAUUUAUAGCUGCUUACGUUCCCAAUGUUGACCACAUGGGGCAUAAAUAUGGACCUAACAGCACUGAGGUCUGGGAUACUAUUUCAAACGUGGACAUGAUGCUGCAUGAUAUCUUCAUGGGGCUUGAGGAGCGAAACCUGACAACUCUCGUCAAUGUGGUGGUGGUCAGCGACCACGGAAUGGCUACAACCUCGACAGACCGUCUGAUUCAGCUUGACGACCUAAUUGACCUUGACCUCGUGGAGCAUAUCGAUGGUUGGCCCUUGUACGGCCUACGUCCCAAAAAUCCUAUCGACCUCCGGGGUCUCUAUGAUCGCUUACUGGUCGAGUCGCAAAGCAGCGGCAAUUUUGAGGUCUAUCUGAAAGAAAACAUGCCUGAAAGGUAUCACUUCUCCAACAACGACCGCAUUGCGCCUCUAUGGGUGAUACCAAACACCGGUUGGGCCAUUGUCCACAAGGAAGAUUUCGAUGUGAAGAAAGCAAAAGCGAAAGGCGAGACUUACAAUCCCAAAGGCCUACAUGGAUAUGAUCAUGAGCACCCAUUGAUGCGUGCGAUCUUCGUAGCUCGGGGACCGGCAUUUCCACAUAAGCCUAAUAGCAAGCUCGAGAACUUUCAAAACACUGAGGUCUACAACAUUGUGUGCGACUCAAUAGGAAUUGAGCCUAAGCCCAAUAAUGGCACAUUCCGCCUGCCACUCAAGCCAAUUGGCCUUCACUCCGAAGAGCACACCUCUACAGAAGAUGAUCUCCCAGGCCUCCCAGCGGAAACCUCUCAUAUCGAUGAUUCGCCCACAGAAGCCAAUGAGCCCGAAUUGGCCGCUUCUCCAGUGGAAACCAAUGUCCAGAGCGCCGGAACAUCUACGAGCGACAUAAAGCCCGUCGAUUCCGUCGAUACGGAUGUUCUCAACGACCCAGCACUACCAGAAGACGAGGAACAAUCAAAAGAGACCAAGGAAGAAAUGAACAAAUUUUGGGCUCUGGUCAAAGCCAAGAUGAAGGCUGCGCAACAGUGGGCGAAGGAGAUCAUUGCGAAUUCGAAAGCAAACCAUAAGGGUGCUGCUGAGCAAGGGAGUGAGUCAUUUGACCAAGGUGAUGCCCCCUCGUAG